UCGACUAGUCGCUGGCGUUUGGUGCCUGGCCGUUUUCAUCUUCGUCCAGGCCUACACGUCGACUCUCUUCACUUACGUCGUGACGCCAAUCAAUCACCCACUAAUCAAUUCCGUCUACGACAUAAUUAACAAUAACGACAUCAAUUUACUUGUCAAAGAAGAGGGAAUUGAAAAUAUUUUACGAUCGGCCAUUAAUGAGACGGGACUAUACAGGGCCUUACGAGCAAAACUUGAUUCCUUUCCAAAUUCUCGAUGCAAGGUGGUAUCGGACUGCAUCAGUUUGAUGACACCGAAAUCAAGAAAUGUUUAUGUCGAUGCAAUUAUUUACCUAAAGGAUGCAAUCAGAAGUGAUUAUCGAAAAACUGGAAAAUGCAACUUUGAAUUAGCAAAAGAAGAAUUCAUCGGAAUCAUGACAUCCUUUACUCUCCCGAAAAACAGUCCCUACACUCAAACUAUAAGCCGAGGAAUAUUGGAUCUGCACCAGAUUGGAUUGGUCGACUAUUGGGACACAUGGUUCCGCCCAAUGCCUCCGCAAUGUGACGGAAAACCCAAAAAUAGUGAAAAAGGAAAUAAACUUACGCCGCUUUCCCUGAACAAUUUGACCGGCGCAUUUAUAGUUUUAUUGGUUGGAUUGAGCCUUUCCCUUCUAACCUUUCUCUGCGAAAAAAUUCAUUUCCGUAAAUGAGCGUCGCACCGCACCCGCACAAGUUACGGAAGAACCCGCGCCCAUAAUCAAACGUUUUCAGAUGCAUUAAACAAUAGCCACUAACUAAUUAUCUGAACAACUUAGAUAUUUCCUUUAUUACUGCGGCCGUUACUUUUAACUAGAACUCGCACAUCCGCAUUCCGCCUCUUAUAUGUAGAAGCAACGUGAUGACGGACCUUAAAUAAAUACAAAAUAUUACUCAAGUGUAAACAUGAGCAUAAAAUAAUAUCUAAUCAAAUCCUAGCAAAUCAAAGAGGCGGCAAGGUUUGUUUCCCCUGUCUGAGUGAAACAAAUUUGAUAACAAACGGCGAAACGCUAUCAACUAGAUCAUUUUGAUCCAGUAGUAAUGAAGGCAAGAUAAGCUAAGAGUGAUAGC